AUGGCCACUCCCCAACAACAGCAGAGCCAGCUGUAUGAGCUGCUGCUCUAUGGCCACCGACAUGCCGAGAACCCCGAGCUGCAACCGCUGCAGCGAGCGACCAUUGCCCGCCAGCUCUACUCUUGCAUUCUAGGGCGACCUGAAUGGCAGUCGUGCUUCUUGCCAGAUGAAGCUACCACCACCGGCGCCAGUAGCAGCUCGAGUACAGUGAGCAUUGCCAGCUCUACAAACAGCAACGCGUCCACCUCGGCGCCCUCGCCCAAGAUCCCGUCGUGGGAUAACCUCCAUGAAUGGCUGGCGCCCACUGCAGAGGGCUUCGCACCCGAACGCACCUGGUCGCUCUACGAGGCCCAACUUGCCGUCGAGGAGCGUAACAAGCGUGCAGGCAAAGUGACUCGUAAACCCAAGCCCGGGGCAGUUUGUGGUAAAGUCUUGCAGCGCUAUGACCGGACAUACAUCUGCAAGACCUGUGCCAACGAUUCGUCGUGCGUUCUUUGUGUCGACUGCUUCCACGCUGGAAACCAUGAGGGCCACGAGGUUCUGUUUGGCCUGUCGUACACCUUUGCGGCCGUAUGUGACUGUGGCGACGCCUCGGCAUGGCGAAACAAUGGCCACCUGGGCUGCUCGCACCACCCUCCGCUCGAGGAAGGCGCUGAGGAGCCGCAGCCACAGGCCAACCCGCCUCAGCAGCUCGGCAAGGCGCUGUACGACACGAUCGUCACGGUGAUCGAGUUUAUCAUAACUGUCAUGCAGCACUCGCCCCUGCCAAACGACUUUGGUAAGCUUCCGACCACCCGCGCCGAAAUGUGGCAAGGAAACGGACCCUCUGGCGAGCCCAAGGACAGGCGCGGACGCGGCCCAUGGGCUGUCACUGCGUGGGCCGACGAGAAGCACGUCUUGAGAGAGGUCACGCGCCAGUUCCGCGACGCUCUCGGUGUGACAUGGGACACUGCCGAGCGAUAUGCAAAGGAGAUGGACGAAGUGGGACGUAAAGUUCUCAUUGUCACACAUCUCGACACGGUCGCGUUCCACACCGCCUCGAUGCUGCAGCAGAUCGACAUUGGUGUCACGCUCCGCAACGCUGCCGACGUCUACAAGGAAGAGGUCAUUGGCAUGUUGCUGCAGUGGCUGAGCGACAUGUGCAAGGUCACCAUCUGCGGCGAGGAAGACCUCGUGCGACGCUAUGUGGCCAUGGCUCUCUUCUCGCCGCGGACAAACACCGGUGCUUCGGAAGGGACCCCACUUGCUGCCGACCUCACAGACCUCGAAACGGACGUUCCCGGGGGAACCCCGGACCCGAAGCGUUUCGACUGGCUGAUGCGCACCGACGUGCGCCUGUGGAAGAAGGCCAAGUGGCAACUGCGUGAAAUCUACUCUGCCGUCUUUGUGCUUGGGUGGGAUAUCAAGCGCGAGUUUGCCACCCGCUACUCGGUCAACUAUGCCCACACCUUUGAGCACUACCUGUACCAGGACAGGGACGACUCGAGCCUCGCGUUUUCCAUGUCGUACAUGCUCCUCGGUAGGAGUGCCGCGUGUGGCGAGGCCAUUGUCGAGAGCAACCUCUUCCGGUCCGUCCUCGACACGGCCUUCACAUACUACUCGCUCAAGUCGGCAAACAGCGACGACCAAAUGCCAACAGCGGCAGUGGACCGCUUUGACAUUGACUCGCACGCUUUCCGUGGUAAAAAGGGCCUGACCCUGCUGGGCCACCUCCGUGCGUUGCUCAAGUACAAAGAGGUCAAGGAGCAGCUCGUUCGCGACGACUUCAUGUUCCAACGAACCCUCACCUUCCUGAACAACUUUGUGGGCCUUCAGAGCCAGCGCCGCGAAUUAGAACGCCACGUAGAGUACGAAAUCGACUGGAUCAAGAGCAUCAGCGUGCUCCCAGAUCUGACCAAGCUCGCUCGCGAGUUUGGCGAGGCUUUCCAGACUGCAACACCGAUUGGGCUUCUCCGUUCUCUGCACGUUGUUGCGGUGCGUAUCAUCUGCGACAUGACCCUCAUCUCGUCGACUCUGGAUCCCAAGCACUAUGCGGUCCCGCCAUGGCAUGAGGUCUCAGAUGUCUUGGCUGUUGGCUCCAAGUUCACCCUCAUCAAGCACGAUGUUCUCCGCAUCACCGGCUUUUCCUUCCACCACUACAUGCAUCUCGUCUUUGCCGAAAUGCUCAAGUCGAUCGGCCCCGUCGCCUUCACCCAAGAACUGGCGGUGCACUACACGCAAAACACGUUUAUCGACAUGGUAAACCACGAUAUCCUCCGCGACGACUUUGAGCGGUACAAGCUCCUGAUCAUUGAGUGGCCAUUGGAGAAACACGUUGUGCUGUCGCAGAUUCGCUUGGGCAUGUGGGCCAAGAAUGGUGCGGCGAUGCGUCACCAGUACCACCACUACCGCGACCUUGGAUUGCGCGAGUUUACGAUUGACCAAGAGUUUUUCAUGCUCCAGUUUGGUCUUUGCGUCCUCGACCAGGCUCACUUCAUGACGGCUCUCAUUGACCGGUACGGCCUGACCAACUUCUUCCGACUGGACGUCAUGUCCCCGGAAGUGUGGGAGGGCGACAUGGACCCCCGCGACUGCGUGGCCAUGUAUGAGGAGCUGCUGCUCCUCGUCAUCCACCUGGUCUCCGAUACAGUCAUGGUGAACGGCUGGCAGCAGGACAGGAUCACGCGCAAGCACAUCCUGCACGCCCUCGCCCUCGGCCCGCUCUCGUACUCGGAAAUCGUCCGCAAACUUCCCGAGCGUUCGCACGAGCGUGGCAGUCUCGUCCCCAUUCUCGACGAGGUGGCCGACUUCCGCCCGCCAACCGACACGGCCACGGGCUCGUACGCGCUCAAACCAGAGAUCUUUGACGAGGUCGACCCGUACUGGCGUCAGUACAGCCGCAAUGAGCAACGUGAUACCGCCGAGGUUCUCCUCCAGCGUGCCAAGAAGCUGGAUCCGAGCAACCCGUCGCCCGUGAUCAAGCCGCUCCCCGUCGACGUGCCUGCUCGUCCCCUGCCGUUCUCGGACCUGGCCGACUUUUUGUCCACGCCAGUGGCCUCGAGCCUUGUUCACUGGACGCUUGCACACUGUAUGCUUCUCGCUCAGCCCGGUGACUGGCCAGGUCAGGCGACCAGCCUGGGUCAGCCUUCGGGUCACCAGAUGCCUUCGAUGGAAGCGCUUCUUAACCUCGCCCUGCACAUCACGAUGAUGGCGCUCAACGUCGACGCCAGCGGGUUUGCGAUGCGUUCGCUCGAGAUUAUCGACACGAGCGGCUCGAUGAGCAUGUUCCAGAACCUGUGGUUCAUGCAGACCAACCCUCCCUUUGAGCCGUUCCGUGCCAAGAUCGACUACAUCCUCGAGCUCAUCGUCGCCCACUUGCCCGAGACCUACACUGUCGACUACCGUGCACAGCGCGAUGCCCAGCUGUUGGCCAAGCAGGAGGCCCAAAAGUCUCCCCGCCACGACGCCAAGGCCCAGGCGCACGCUCGCCAGGCAGCCCUCAAGGCCCGUUUUGCUCAGCAGCAAAAGUCGUUUGCAGCAUCAUUCCUCGACGAGGACGAUGGCGAGGAGCCCGAGGAGGACGAGGAGCCCAAGAACUAUGGGUCGUGCAUUGUCUGCCAAGAGCCAGUGCACCCUGGCCGUACUGGUGGCAUGCUUGCGUUCCUCCAGCCGAGCCGUAUUGUGCGCGACGCGGUGACGGACCGGGAUUGGUUCGAAGAGGUACUCCUUGCACCAUCCGACCUGGACCGCGAGACGCGGUACCUGCGCUACGGACUGGGUACGACCAACGAACCUGCCAGCACGGACGCGUACCCUUCAGCCAACCUCCGGUUUGGCGUCUACGUCUCGGCGUGCAACCACCUCAUGCACGACUCGUGCAUCAACUCGUACAAUGAGCUCACGCGAAACCGCCAGGCCGCACAGGUGGCUCGUCACCAGCCCGAAAACGCUAUGCGCCACGAGUACAUGUGCCCACUGUGCAAGAGUGUCGGCAACGUGCUGAUCCCUCUGGACCCGACCUCGGCCGUCUUGCGGCCUAUCCCCAAGAGCAAGGUUGCCCUAGGCCUCCCGCCGACUCUGAGCGAGCGUAUCCGCGCCGUGUCCGAGGAAGGUCUCUUGCGCGUUUCCGACUCGGCCAAGAUCUGGGACUACCACGUCGAGACUGGCGAGCUGGUUCCGUGGUUUACCGACUGCGAUUUCCAGCGCCACGCCCUCGAUUCGGUUUACCGCAAGUCGCACAAGAGUGUGCACCGUAUGGUGGACCGCAUCCGUUCCCUCACCCGUCCUCUGAGUGAGCAGAGCCAGCGUAUCCGUGGCAAGAAGACGCACAUGUACCUCGCCGACGACAUGGUCGGGUACACUGUUUCCGUCUGCGAGAUUACGCACCGUGGUAUGCGUACCCCAGGCUUGACAGUUGCCGAGCAGGUGCCCGAGACGGGUCUCAAGCUCAUCAAACACCUCAUUGGUACCCUCCAGCUUGAGCUGGACCUGUUCUUUGGCACCAAGAUGGACCGCACACCACUGCGUGUGGGCCUCUUUGCGCGCUUCCUGCCGGACUGGUACCGCUCCGCCACUCUUCCCAGCCCCUUGCUCUUCCGCCUGCCGCUCGGUAUGGUCGUCGAGGCAGCGGCCAUCGCCCCGGAUCUCCUGCACGCUGUCAUUGUUAUGAGCUACUACGCCGAGCUCACGCGCACCAUGCUCGGCCUGAGCGUGUACAUUCGCCGCUCACUCGCUGGUCGCCCUCAGCCCCAGCGCCGUUCUACGCCAGCAAAGGACGAAAGUCUCACGGACGCGCUGUCGGUCUUUGCCAACUUCCGCCCUCUCAUGGUGUCAGUCCUCCGCAACGCCGGACCGUUCAUCGACAUUGAGAGCGUCCUCGCCCUCAUCACCGAUGAAAUGCUCGCCAAGGUACUCUACUCGUUCACCUUGCCGUUCCUCCGUCGCGCUGCAAUUGUCUACUAUGCCGUCAACAACGCAUACCCUGUCACCAACCCGGACUACAUCCUCUCCACGGGCAGCGAGUACAACCGCCUUCUCUCGCUCCUGGGCAUCCCGCGUCCCCGUGAGACGCUCGCCAACCCGCACUCGACCGAGACGCCCAUCGUCGCGCGCUGGCUCACCCAGUGGGCCAUGCAGGGCCGUAUCUUACCGCCGCUCGAGUACCCGGGCACGUAUGAGCUCAUGCGCCUGCCCGAGGCGUACGAGGUCGCUGCCAUCAAGUUUGCCGGCCGCAGGUGUGACAAUUGCGGUAUUCGUCCCAGUUACCCCGCACUGUGCCUGUUCUGCGGCAAGCUCGUCUGCCUCGCCGGCGACUGCUGCAGUGAGGGCGAGCAAGGCGAAUGCAACUUGCACAUGAGGGAGUGCGGCGGUGUCGUGGGCAUGUUCGCCGACAUUAAGCGCUGGGUCAUCGUGUACCUCUUUGCCGGCAGCGGCAGCUUUGGGCCCAUGCCAUAUCUCGACCAGUUUGGAGAGCUCGAGACGAGCCUUAGGCGUGGACACCGCCAGUUCCUCCACAAGGGCCGCAUGGAAGAUCUCCGUCGCACUGUUUGGCUCCAGCACGGCGUGCCGACGCUGUGCGCGCGCAAGCUCGAGCUCACGAGCGAUGGCGGUGGUUGGUCAUGCCUGUAA